GUAGUUUAAUAUAUGGAUUAUUUGGACCAAUGCGCGGAGGAUUAUAGCCAAGUAAAGAGCUUGAAUAUAGUAUAGCGCAACCAGAACUGUAUAAAAGUAGCCGAGACCUUUCGAAUGGACAUCAGUUGUUCUCAGCACAAUCCGAUACUCUCAACAUGCAGAUUUUCAUCUUUGCCGUCUUGAUCGCCGUUGUGGCCGCUAAUGUGGCCUACCCCAAGCCUGCACCUGCCUAUCCUGCCCCAGCUUACCCUUCGCCAGCCUAUCCUGCACCGGCCUACCAGAAGAGCUAUGAUUACGCUCCCAUGCCAUACAGCUUCGCCUGGGCUGUAAAGGAUGAUCCCUCCUACAAUGAUUAUGCCCACCAGGAGACCGCUGAUGACAAGGGAUACGUUACCGGCUCGUACCGCGUCCUUCUCCCCGAUGGCCGCACCCAGAUCGUUAACUACAAAGCUGAUGACUACACCGGUUACGUCGCUGAUGUCAAGUACGAGGGUGAAGCCAAAUACCCCGAAUACAAACCCGCCUACAAGGCCGACUACAAGCCCGCUUACCCUGCACCAGCUUAUCCUACCCCAGCCUACCCUGCCCCAGCCUACCCUGCCCCAGCUUACCCCAAAUAUUAGGCCAAUAAGAAGUGCUAUCUAAUAUUUAUGGGACAUGUUAAAUAAAACAAAUUUUUUUAAAGAA